GUUCAAUCCCUGGCAAUAGUGAAAUGACGGUUUCUUGGUGUCUGGUGUGUCCCGACAGUGAUCACGAAAUUUUGGUGUGAUAUCGUAAUUUUUGUAUUAAUAAAAAAACUCAAUUCUUACAUUUUGUGUGUAAUAGAGAGCGUAUAUACCGUCAGUGAUUUUGUGUGCAAAAUUAUGUACACAGUGUUUACUUCUUGAUGUCACAAAAUUAGGCUUAGCAUUAUUGAAAUCACAUCCAAUUAAAUAUCAUGAAAAUAUUGUAUGCGUUUUAUAGAUUUUCUUAAAAACUGUCCAGUUGAAAGUGUCGGUUAGAAAAUAUUCGGCUGUAAAUGCAGUGGUCUUUAGAUUUAUUGUAUUCAAUUUAUUUCAGAAAAUUAACCAAAUUAAAUUAUAAUCGAUAUCAGCGGUUAAAAUGCUUCAAAACUGUAUAGCAUUACCUUAUAGUAUUUAUGUCCCACAAGAUAAUUUAUUCGUUUCAAAAUUUUUAUAUUAGGUAUGUCUUCCAUUGAGAAACUAAAUUUAUUGUUGUGAUGUUUAGAGAACUACUGAAUUUCCUGUUACCAAAGAUAAGGAAAUAAGCCACGUACUUUAUAUAUUUUGAUUGGAAUAUUUACAUAACCAAAUAGCCAUGACCUCUGCCCAUUCCGGAGCAAGUUUAACAGCUACUCAAUUUGUGGAUAAAAUCGAUCCCUUUAAAAAAGGAUCUCUGAAAAGAAAACCAAAGAAAUCCCAAGGAUCGUCUAGGUAUAGAUCUACAAAUGAUGUGGAACUCCAAGCAUUACCUCUAUUGAAGGAUGUCCCUCCUUCAGAACAAGAGGAAUUAUUCAUCCGAAAACUUUUACAGUGUGCUGUGGUUUUUGAUUUCAUGGACCCAGUUUCAGACUUAAAAGGCAAAGAAAUAAAACGGGCAACGUUAAAUGAGUUGGUAGAUUACAUUACUGCUGGGAAAGGUGUGCUAACAGAACCUGUUUAUCCAGAAAUCAUUCGAAUGAUCGCUUGCAAUUUAUUUCGCACACUGCCACCUAGUGAAAAUCCCGAUUUCGAUCCUGAAGAGGAUGACCCAACUCUUGAAGCCUCUUGGCCACACCUACAGUUGGUCUACGAGUUUUUCCUGAGGUUCUUGGAAAGUCCGGACUUCCAGCCAGUGAUUGGCAAAAAAGUUAUUGACCAAAAGUUUGUCUUGCAGCUUUUGGAACUUUUCGACAGUGAAGAUCCCAGGGAGAGAGAGUUUUUGAAAACGGUUCUCCACAGGAUAUAUGGAAAAUUCUUGGGUUUAAGAGCGUUUAUUAGAAAACAGAUUAAUAAUAUAUUUCUUAGGUUCAUAUAUGAAACGGAACACUUUAAUGGUAUUGGUGAGCUCCUAGAAAUCUUGGGCAGCAUAAUCAAUGGUUUUGCACUGCCAUUAAAAGCUGAACACAAACAGUUUCUGGUCAAAGUCCUCAUUCCACUUCAUACACCAAAAUCUCUAGGACUUUACCAUGCACAGCUGGCCUAUUGCGUGGUCCAGUUCCUUGAAAAGGAUGCCACAUUAACAGAACAGGUUAUAAGGGGGUUAUUGAAGAUAUGGCCUAAAACUUGUAGUCAAAAGGAGGUGAUGUUUUUGGGAGAAAUUGAAGAAAUACUAGAUGUGAUAGAACUUUCUCAGUUUGUAAAAAUUCAAGAACAAUUAUUUAAACAGAUAGCUCGAUGUGUUUCCAGUCCACAUUUUCAGGUGGCUGAAAGAGCUCUAUAUUUUUGGAAUAAUGAAUACAUUCUGAGCCUCAUUGAAGAAAAUAAUCAAGUCAUUAUGCCAAUUAUGUUCCCGGCCUUGUACCGUAUAUCUAAAGAGCACUGGAACCAAACAAUUGUGGCUUUGGUAUACAAUGUUCUCAAAACGUUUAUGGAGAUGAACUCCAAAUUAUUUGAUGACUUAACAGCAUCUUAUAAAUCAGAAAGGCAAAAGGAAAAGAAGAAGGAAAAAGAGCGUGAUGAGUUAUGGAAGAAACUAUCCCAGUUAGAGCUGAAUCACAAGUCAAAGCUCAACUCAGUUCCCCAUCACUCCCCCUAGUGGCUCUUCGAACACCUUUCUCUUUGUAGAGUCGGGUUCUUCCACCCGCACUGUAAAUUGACUGUUGUGUGAAAUGUGGUCAGGCAUUGACCUCAAAAAAAUAAAUAAACCUAAAUAUAAUAAGAUGGCCCAACCCAGGAACAAAUUUAAUUCCAUUUCAAUGGGUGACAUUUCAGUUCAGAAAAAAAAAUAUAUUCCUGCUACAGAGGAAAGGGCAAUAAAAGAAUAACUUCCUAUUGAUGUUCAAGUUAAGAUUCUUCUGGCAGUUGUGCUUGAAGCUGCUUGAACCUCUUAUGUUUGCCAUGCUGUUGGAAAAACAAAUUUUCUAAUCUAUGUAUACUGCUUGGAAGUACAUGACAGUUGAUGAUUCCACCACUCUAAGGAAGAGAAUCUUUUCGAAGACAAAUUUUGUAAGAGUUGAGAUGUUUAGGUCUAUUAAUGUUUUUUCUUUGAUUCAAAACAAAAGUGGAACUUUUUAUGGUGCAUGUUAUGUCAGCAGCUAUAAUUGGAAAAUGUUUGUUUGAGCCCUUAAUUUGAACUCUUUAUUGAAUUCGUUUUGACUUUAGUUUUAAGUUGUCAACUUGCAGCUAAUUUGUACAUUAUAUUUAAGAGAUUCAUCUUAAUCAAGAUCACUUGUUAUGUGAGUUACAAGGAGCAGAUUAUAAUAAUAAAUGUUGCUUUGCAACCUUUCUCUAAAAGAUCUUUAAAUUCAAAGCCAGAAAAUGGGUAGAAUAUAUCAUCUUCAAAUAUUUAUUCAUAUAAUAAUAUAAAAUUAGCACUAUAUCGGGUGCUUUAUAGUUAUGCUACUAGUUUACUAAUUAUUCAUUCACGACAAAAGAAAAAAAAUCUCCAAUUGUGAGUUCCCUAAUCACUUCUUUUUCAUCCUAAUCAUUAACUACCUCAUUUUCUGCUACUAAAAUAUAUAUGCUCCUUUUCUCACUCAUUCACCUAAUCUAAAAAGAAGAUUCAAUACUGUCUUAGAAAAAGUUUUCAUUAGUCAAAGUUUUUUUUCUUUCUAGUACAAACUUUUUAAGAUUGAUUUUUGUCCCUGAAACUUGUGUUUUAAAAUGUUUUUUUCAUUUUGAUGUAUGUUUUUUAACUAAUAAGUUGGAUUUAUUGAUUUCAGCAAUAAAGCUAAAUCUUCUAGGUUUUUUUUUUUUUUUUUAAUUCAUGUAGAAGAUGUUAUCUCAUUGUUGGUAUUUAGGAAUCUGCGAAGAUAUUUUUAAUUAGUUUAUUUCAGUUUAUUUUUUAUUAAGGAAUGCCCCAGUUUUUAAAAGUUCAAAUGGAACCUCUAUAUAAAUUGAGUCAAAAAUUAUGGGUUGUGAAAUUGUUACCUUGUACAGUAGACUUUUAUUACAGCACUUUGAUGCCUUUGCUUUCUAAAAUUGAAUUUCAGUUAUAAAUAUGUAUAUUGCUUCAUUUGAUAUAUAUUAAUAAUAAGAAUGCUUUUUUUUUAUUUGGCAGUAUGAAAAAAAAUCCAUUAAAUUCAAGAUAUUCUCCAUAUUUUAUUAGUAUUUCAAAAAAAAAAAAAAGAUUGGAAUGCUAUUACUUCUUUAUUUUAAUUCCUGAGAGUUAAAUUUUUCUUCAGGUAGCUCAAGGACUUCAGUUCAUUAAUGGUAAAGUAUUUUCAAAUUUACUUAAUUAUCAGUUGAUUAAGAUUUUUUAUAUUUCUGAGGAAAACUUUUUCUUCAAAUUAUAUAAGGAUAAAAUUCUGAGUUCAUGUAAAAUUAGUCUACUGUGUAUGGUAAAAGAUCCUGCAAUUUUGUGCAAUUCCAUCGGCCAAUCAUCACAUUGACCAAAGGCUUACAACAAAUAGUGAUGAUAGCCAGGGCUUAAAUUUUAUGCUGAUUUUAAGUCAAUCCAUAUGUCAAGGUUUCUUUUAUGAUGCUUCUGAGAUAGUUAGAUCCAAGUAUGAGUUUAAAUGUGCCAGAUAUAUCAGUGAACUUAGCUGUUUUUUAGUUGCUUUUGGCAACUCACUUCUGAAUCAUGGAUUGAGGGGAAAACAUGCUUUGUUGCCCUCUAUCAUAGUCUGUCCUACAAAAAGCACUUAGUAUUAGUAAAUCAACUUUCAUGCCAUGUUGAAGAAAAGAAUUCUUUGGAACUCAACUGUUAUUUGAUUUUGUAUGAUUUUUUGAGAGCCAACGUGAAGAGAUUUCAUCAAAUUACGCUCCCUCCAUUGCCGAGUCACAUAGAAUUGUGUAAUGCAUGUUGUGGCCAUGUCAUGUAAAUAAAGAAUGAAAAAUGAAUUUUUUUUAA